AUUUGACUAUUUAAAAGCUUGCCUACCAAACAUCCCUGUCUAGCGUCCCCACCAUGACUGUGGGAGUGUCUCUUAAAGACACUCUUAUAAUAAUAUUUCCACAACUAUAUAACUCUACUUUUGUAAUAUCCCUUUGUGCGAUUUUAACAAAUUAUUUACCUGAAAUCAAAAAUUCUGACCUCCGAGAGUGAAAAAUCACUAGCAUUUUAGAACAGAACCUACUUUAAUACAAUGAACUGGUUUCAACGGUGAAACCACUUUCGACAUCAUACUCCAUCCAUACAACUCAACUUCCAAGCUCUCAUUCCAUCAUCGGUCACGAUUUCCUCAAUCUCAAAAUCAAACACCUCUACCACGCAAAUGGAGAACCUCAAAGAUUUCCUAGUCAAAUAUGGCACCAAAAUCUAUACAGAACGAGAAAUGAUUAAAUUACAAAUCCAUAUUAUCCUCGCAGCUCUCUUUCCAAUCUACAUUGGAUCACACGCAGCACUCCAACGACCUCCUUCGGCUUCUCCAAUUCCCAAAUCCACUGCCUCAUCUUCUCAUCGUCUCGGAAACUCGGAUCCAGAAGAUGAAGAAGAAUCUAGAGCUCCAAUGGAAGGUCUUACCCCUUCUGAUGCUAUCAUGUUUCCUGUUUUAGCAAGUGUGGUUCUUGGGACUUUGUAUUUUGUUAUUAAAUGGUUGGAUGAUCCAACUAUUCUGAAUAAGAUAUUGGGAUGGUACUUUUCUGGUAUGGGUGUUUUUGGAGUUGGGAGAUUGGCAAAGGAUUCUUUAGAUGUGGGUGUCGGAUUCAUUUUUCCUAGUGUGUGGACGAGAGGGAAGGGUAUUUUUCAUUUUGAUCAGGAUUUGAGAUGUCAAGUUAUUGAAGAUGGGGAGGGGAAGAUGAUUAAUGUGGCUGGUGUUACGAAUCCUUUACCUGGACGACUUUCAACUAUUCGUUUUUCUGAACGUAUUACGAGUGCAUUGUGGAACAUUCGUGGGUUGUUAAAAACAACUUAUUCCCUUAAUCUUCACAUCAAAACUUUACUUCCUCAUUACAAAACUUCGAUCAAAUUUACAUCGGUCCUAGGUCUCGGAAUAGGUAUCACCACAAUCACCGCUUACAAUCUCCUAAAUGCCCCAUGGUAUCUUACAAAUAUAAUGGGUUUCGCCUUCUGUUAUGGAUCUCUUCAACUUUUGUCUCCGACUACAUUCUUCACUGGUACUUUGGUCCUUAUGGGUCUCUUCUUUUACGAUAUCACUAUGGUGUUUUAUACACCUCUCAUGGUAACCGUAGCGACAUCUUUAGAUGUUCCUAUCAAACUUGUGUUUCCACUCAAUAAAAAUGGAGGAGGUAGUAUGUUGGGAUUAGGUGAUAUUGUUUUACCAGGUAUACUUGUUGCAUUGGCCUUGAGAUUUGAUUUAUAUUUACAUUAUUUGUAUUUACAAAAGUCUUCUCCAUUUAUCCCAACCACCAACUCAAAGUCAAACACAACCUCAAAUAGCAAAAGCAUCAACGAAUCCCUGUUAGGACCCUCAUCAAUCCAAAAGACUACCUACAAACCCUCAACCGGUCUCUGGGGUGAACGUUUCUGGACUUCAUCUUUUUCACCAUCUUCCUCCUCUUCUUCUUCCUCAAAUCGCGGAACAGGAAUUGAAGGAACCCGUUUCUCCAAACCAUAUUUCAAAGCUGCAUUAGUAGGAUACAUCACAGGGAUGAUCACAACAUUAAUUGUCAUGAGGAUAUUCAAUCAUGCACAACCGGCAUUGUUGUAUUUGGUUCCUGGCGUGGUGGGAAGUUUAUGGGGAACGGCGGUUGUUAGGGGAGAGCUGGGGCUUAUGUGGAGGUAUACUGAGGACGGGAGUUUGGAUGAAGAGGGGAAGAAGGAGGAAGGAAAGGACCAGGGGAAAAGUAUCGAGGGUGAAGAAAAGGAGAACAAGGAAGAGAAGAAGAGUUUAAAGGGUACGAAAAAAAGAAGAGAAGGCGACUCGAAAUGGAGAAGGAAGCAGGAGAUGAAACAAGAAGAAAAUCAAAGGUCAGUCAAAGAGAUUCAAACGCUCAGAUCAAUCUCAAUGGAUCAAUUGAAAAGAAAGAUAAAAAGAUAAAAGAAAAAAAAAAUGAUGAGAUGAAGAUCACUCUUCGUUCGCCCAAGUCGAAAGCGAGAGAUGGAAUUGAAAAAAGCAGAAGGAAAGAAAGAUAUGUGAGAGUACCUAACGAGGGUGCGGAGGUGGGGUGGAAACGGCAAUAGGAAUGGGAAUGGGAAUGGGAAUGAGAUAAUUAGGGAUGUUAUAGAUACUGUACUGAGACUUGGUGAAUAGAAUGAGAGCUGUUUUUGCAGUGAAAAGAUGAAAGGAAGGAAAGAACGAAAGAAUGAGAGAAUGAAAGAAAGAAAUGCUUAGAUAUGAUACAAUACGAUAACUUAAAUAUAAGUAGAGUAAAUAUAUGUAUAGUAAGACUUGCAUAUA